GUAUUUAGUAAAUUAUAUGAUUGUAAAGGUGUAUAGUGGCAAUUGAAUAAAUAACUCUAUUCCCGAAUGCCCGCGAGGUCAGGAUUCUAUUUUGGUAUCCUCGCUUUAAAAGAUGUAUGUCGACUGAAAGUUGCAAACACAGUAAUUUUACUAAUAGUUGGUAUACGAGAGUACAAUAGCAACUAUAUCGGAAAAAUAGAGUUGUUGGUAAUACUUAAAUUUAUUUCAAAACGUGUCUACCUCAGAUUGUGUUGUGAAUAAAGACAUUUUAAAGUAAUAAUGACGCAAGUACGGACGCAAAUAAAACAGAAAAUGCUUAACGCAACGCCGUUUGUUAUUCUACUUUUGUGUAAAAUUGCAGUCGCAGAGGAGUUGCAAGCAAACAAGGAUGAAUCUUUGGAGUGUGGGUCAAAAUGUGGAUGCAAUCAGAUGUACGUUUACGACCCAGUCGGUGAUCGUUGUCUUAUAAAUUUUGAUAAAGUAAUGAGAAAAAUUGAAAUCCCAUACCCAAAGCCUCAUGUUGAUGAUUUACCCGAUGACUCCAUGGCCAAACAGAUCUUUAUUGAAGGCGAAGAGAUAUUCAAAGGCAUCAUGGUGUCAGUACUCCUGUUCAUGGUGUGCGCAGGAGUCUGUAUUGUAACUGCCUGCGUUUACUGCUGUCGUAUUAAUUAUACAGAUCGGAGAUUGAAAAGUGACGUGAAGGCAUUAGCAAAUAAACUCAAAAAGAAUUACAAUUCUAAGAAAAUACCUAAGAAGCGUAUGCCUACACCACCAGAAGCAGAAAGUUGUAACGUCGUUGUUGAGCCCGCAGGACUUUACGUCGUUUAAUUAAAUGACUAGAUGCAUCAAACAAUUGACUAUUUUUGUAAAAAAUAAAGAAUACAUUUAUAAUAA